AUGUCUUCACGCACCUGCGCCGUUGCUCUUAGUCUUGUUGCCUCGGUCUCCCUUGUUGCUGCUGGGCCCUGUGACAUCUACUCCUCGGGCGGCACGCCUUGUGUCGCCGCGCACAGCACCACUCGUGCCCUAUACAGCACCUACACUGGGCCACUGUAUCAGGUGAAACGCGGCUCCGACGGUACCACGACCGACAUCGCUCCUCUCUCGGCUGGCGGUGUUGCCAAUGCCUCCACCCAAGACUCCUUUUGUGCCAGCACAACCUGCCUGAUCACGAUCAUCUAUGACCAGUCCGGCCGCGGUAAUCACCUCACCCAGGCUCCGCCCGGUGGUUUUAAUGGCCCGGAUUCGAAUGGGUACGACAACCUGGCGAGUGCGGUUGGUGCACCAGUCACGCUGAACGGGCAGAAGGCAUACGGCGUCUUUAUGUCGCCUGGCACCGGGUAUAGCAACAACGCUGCCAGUGGUACCGCUACAGGCGACGAGGCGGAGGGCAUGUACGCGGUCCUUGACGGCACCCAUUACAACAGUGCCUGCUGCUUCGACUAUGGUAACGCCGAGGUCAGCAGUACAGAUACGGGUAAUGGCCAUAUGGAGGCGAUCUACUACGGCGACAACACUGCCUGGGGAAGCGGCGCCGGCAGUGGUCCGUGGAUCAUGGCCGAUCUCGAAAACGGCCUGUUCUCGGGCUCCAGUGCGACGAACAACGCCGGCGACCCGUCUCUUUCCUACCGGUUUGUCACUGCAGUUGUCAAGGGAAAGGCAAAUCAGUGGUCAAUCCGCGGGGCUAAUGCUGCAUCCGGCUCACUAUCCACGUACUAUAGUGGCGCGCGCCCAAGUGCCUCCGGAUACAAUCCGAUGAGCAAGGAGGGCGCCAUCAUUCUUGGCAUCGGUGGUGAUAACAGCAACGGUGCCCAGGGAACCUUCUACGAGGGUGUUAUGACCUCUGGAUAUCCGUCCGAUGCCACCGAGAACUCCGUACAGGCUGACAUCGUAGCUGCCAAAUACGCCAUCACCUCACUGACAAGUGGCCCAGGGCUGACCAUUGGCUCCUCAAUCUCCCUACAAGCGACGACGGCGGGCUACACGACCCGCUAUAUUGCACACGACGGCACUACGGUCAACACCAAGGUUGUCUCGUCGACGAGUACCACCGCCUUAAAACAGCAGGCGAGCUGGACGGUUCGCACUGGUCUUGCUAAUAGCGCCUGCUUUUCGUUCGAAUCUAUCGAUACUCCCGGUAGUUUCAUACGACACUAUAACUUCGGGCUCCUCCUCAAUGCCAACGAUGGCACAAAGCAGUUCUCCGAAGACGCCACGUUCUGCCCGCAGACCGGCCUCAAUGGCCAGGGGAACUCGAUUCGAUCCUGGAGCUAUCCUACUCGUUAUUUUCGCCAUUACGAAAAUGUUCUCUACGCCGCCAGCAACGGUGGUGUUCAAACAUUCGACGCCACCAACUCAUUUAACGACGACGUGAGCUGGGUGGUCCGCACCGGCUUCGCUUGA